AUGGACUACAGCAAGAAAAUGGUUUCAGAUGACUUUCCUUUGCAGGAUGUGGGUCGAUUUCAGUGUCUUAUUGGCAGACUGAUCUACUUAACUAUUAUCAGACUUGAUAUUACUUAUGCUGUUAGUUUCGUGAGUCAGUUCAUGCAAAAUCCUACACAAGGACAUAUGUGUUUAGUUGAUUAUCUGCUGAGGUACUUAAGGGCCACACCAGGGAGAGGUUUAUUGAUGAAGAACAAUGGUCAUACAGAAAUAGUUGGCUAUACGGAUGCAGAUUGGGCUAGAAGCCCUCAUGACCGAAAGUCCACCUUUGGAUUUUGUAUGUUCGUAGGAGGUAAUGUUGUCACAUGGAAAAGUAAGAAACAAUCUGUGGUUGCUCGGUCAAGUGCUGAAGCUGAGUAUCGAGCAAUGGCAUCCACUACUAGUGAAAUCGUUUGGCUACGACUGCUACUUCAGGAAUUGGAUUGUAGGCCUUCAAAUUCACCUACGAAAUUAUUUUGUGACAACCAGGCCGCUACUCACAUUGCCUCGAACCCCGUGUUUCAUGAAAGGACUAAACACAUUGAGGUGGACUGCCAUUUCGUAUGGGAAAAGGUUCAAGACAAAACCAUUGAGACAACUUAUAUCCAGAGUGGAGAACAAUUGGCGGAUGUGUUCACCAAAGCUCUUCCUAAGGGGCCAUUUCAAGAUAUAGUGAGCAAGUUGACCUUUGAUGAUAUUUUCGCUCCAACUUGA